GGAGCAGAUAGGACCCUGUCCCUGGCAUCAGAAUGUUUACCCACUGACAUCCAGGUUCUGAUGCUUCAGACUGUUUCCUUCCAAGGGUCAUUUUUGGAUUUCACCGGUCAACAAACCCAGCUGUUGUUAGAAAAUGCUGAUAUAUGUCACGUACGGGUUGCUGUUCACAUGCUUGGCCUUGCCUGGGAUCUUACUCGGGGAUCUGGCCUUCCGAUGUCCGAGCUGCACCGCCGAGCGCUUGGCGGCGUGCCCCAAAGUCACGGCGCUGUGUGCAGAGAUAGUGCGGGAGCCGGGCUGCGGCUGCUGUCCCAUGUGUGCCCGGGUGGAGGGGGAGCUGUGUGGGGUCUACACGCCGCGCUGCUCCGGUGGUCUGAGGUGCUACCCGGGCUCAGGGGCCGACUUCCCUUUGCAGCAGCUCAUCCACGGUUUGGGUCGAUGUGGACAAAAGGUGGAAAUAGACGUCACGACAAGUCUGAACAACCAGGCAGAAACAAAUGAGGUGCACGGGACGGAGAACCCACUCACCAAGAGACCCACCAUAGACGCCUGGUUCUGGCAGGAGUCGGCCAGGAAGCAGCACUCGAACGAGCGCAAAUCCAAGAUGAGGAUAAGUCCUCCGGACCUCCGGACCCCGAGAGUGUCUCAGAGCGCCUGUCAGCAGGAGCUGGACAUGGUCCUAGAGGAGAUCUCCAAAAUGACCUCUGAGGACAACAGAGGCCCACUGGAGGACCUGUACGGGCUCAAGUUUCCAAACUGCGACAGACAAGGACUGUACAACCUCAAACAGUGCAACAUGUCCACCCACGGCCAGAGGGGUGAGUGCUGGUGCGUUAACCCGUUAACCGGGGUCCAGAUCCCGACCACGCCCAGAGUCCGAGGGGACCCCAACUGUUACCAGUUCCAGGAGGAGAACAGAGAGAUGCCCACCGCAGCCACCUCCCACUAACACAGAUUCAGCUGAAGCCAUGUGACGAUGUUUCCUUCAAAACUCGGUCAGGAUCUGUGUUAUUGGUUCUAUCAACAUGUAAAUAAAAUGAAAAGAAACAAA